GAGGGCGCAGUAUGCUCCUCCGCUGCGCGCGCAGAAACGGGCUGCUCCAUCGCCUUCCUGCCGCGGCCCCAACGAGGAGUCCCUCGGCCUCCUGCAGCUGCUUUCCAAGACCCCCGUCAUCGCUGCAAGGCGUAGAAGAGCUCGUCACGCGGAACAUGUGGGGAGUCACGCGGCGCAGAAGGGACCACUCGCCAACACGGAAACCCCCAGAGUGGAAAUGGCUCACACCACCCUGGCUGCACCCGGCACCAUCGCGCUGCUUCCAACUGCCCAAAACAACCAGAGCCAGUUAGCCGCGGGGGGUGCAGACGUCCCUCCAGCUGCAUCUCGGCCGAACUCGACGGAAACCUCCGAUUCAGCUGCGUCUUCCAAUAGCAGUGAUGUCGGCACACCCGCAACAACCGCAAUUAUGUCGACGCCCACACAGGCUGCAGUGAGGGAGCUGGUGGUGUCGGCAGGAGACAGCGUGGAGGUCACGUUGCCCCGCAACGCGGUUGAGCUCAACGCCUUUGUGGUCUCAGCGCUUCCACCAGGGACAAACUAUGCAUUUGACUGGCGUCUGAUAACUCAUCCCAAAGACUACAGCGGACAGAUGGAAGGGCAGCACAGCCAGACGCUAAAACUCAGCCAGCUGACUGUGGGCCUGUAUGAGUUUGAGGUGGUGGUGCACUGGGAGGACGCUCAUGGAGAAGGUUACGUCAAUGUCACAGUCAAGCCAGAGCCCCGGGUAAACAGGCCUCCCGUCGCCGUAGUUUCCCCGAAGUUCCAGGAGAUCUCCUUGCCAACCAGCUCCACGGUCAUCGACGGCAGCCAGAGCACAGACGAUGACAAGGUGGUGGCGUGGCACUGGGAAGAGGUCAAAGGCCCCCUGAGGGAGGAGAAAGUCUCUACGGACACCGCCGUCCUCACCCUCACCAACCUGGUUCAUGGGAACUACACAUUCAAUUUGACCGUGACGGACUCGGACGGAGCCACGAACUCGACACAGGCCUCCCUCCUGGUCAACAAAGCCAAGGACUACCGGCCCGUGGCCAAUGCCGGGGCCAACCAGGUCAUCCAGUUGCCACGCAACUCCAUCACUCUGUACGGCAACCAAAGCACCGACGACCACGACUCCCUCUCCUACGAGUGGUCCCUCAGCCCUGAGAGCAAAGACAAGGUGGUGGAGAUGCAGGGUGUACGGACGCCCAUCUUGCAGCUGUCGGCUAUGCAGGAGGGAGACUACACCUUCCAGCUGACUGUGACGGACUCCGCUGGACAGCAGGAAACCGCGCAUGUCACCGUCAUUGUGCAACCAGAAAACAAUAAGCCACCAGUAGCGGAUGCUGGACCGGAGAAAGAGCUGACGCUGCCUGUUGAUCGAACCACGCUGGAUGGCAGUAAGAGCAGCGAUGACCAGAAGAUAGCCACGUUCCACUGGAAACAAACUAAGGGUCCUCCUGACGUGAAGAUUGAGAAUGCAGACGGCGCCGUUGCCACGGUGACAGGUCUUGAGGUCGGCACGUAUGAGUUCACCCUGACCGUAACGGAUGAGAGGAAGCUGCAGAGUAGCGACGUCGUGACGGUCAUCGUCAGGGAAGAACUGGACCAGCCACCACUGGCUCACGUUGUGUCGAGUCCGCCCAUCGCCCUGCCUGUCAGGACCGGCAGCCUGGACGGAUCCCACUCCACUGACGACAAUGGUGGAGUCAGCUUCCUGUGGACCAGAGACGAUAGCAGUCCUGCUGCGGGGGAAGUGCUAAACCACUCUGACCACCAGGCGGUGCUGUUUCUGGGAAACCUGGUGGAAGGGAAGUACAGCUUCACCCUGACUGUAACCGACAGUAAGGGACAGACCAGCACUGACAGCGGCGCAUUGGAGGUGAAACCAGACAAAUGGGAGCGUGAACUGGUGGAGUUGGUCCUGGAGGUCUCUGUAUCCCAGGUGUCCCACCGCCAGCGCGACAUGCUGCUGCGCCAGGUGGGGGUUUUACUGGGCCUGCUCGACAGCGACAUCAUCGUGCGAGAGAUCAGUGCGUUCAAUGAGCACAGUACUCGCCUGGUCUUCCUGGUGUCCGGCGGUCCGGGGCGCCCUCCUCUGCCGGGCCACAGCGUUGCACUUAGCCUUCGCAACAAACUGCGCAAACAGAAGAACGACUUUCUGAUCUACAAGGCCCGACGAGUGGAUACAGUCAUCUGCCAGCUGAACUGCUCCAGUCACGGCGACUGUGACUCGUUCACGCGCCGCUGUGUCUGCCACCCUUUCUGGAUGGAGAACUUCAUCCGAGUUCAGUUUGGAGAUGCAGAGAGCAAUUGCGAGUGGAGCGUCCUCUAUGUGACCAUAGCAUCCUUCAUGAUCGUGGUUGCUACAGCAACUGUGGUCUGGGGGAUGGUGUGUUGCUGCAAAAGGCGUAAGAGCAAAGUGCGCAGAAGCAAAAGCAGGUAUAAAAUGUUAGAAGCUGAUGAACAAGACAGUUUGGAGCUUCAACCACCAAGAACUGUGCGCAUGAAGCCGGUGCCGGCUCCCACCUCCUCCGCCCUCAUGCACUCAGACUCUGAUCUGGAAAGUGAGGAUGGGCAGGGUGGGGUCCCGUGGACGGAGCAUGAGCGCGGGCAUCUUCUGCGGCCCCAGAACGGCUCCCUGAGGAACGGCAUGGGGCCCGUGAGGGGCAAGAAGCAACGAGAGGAGCUGCUAUAGCAAGAAAGGAGGGGGGCAGCUCUCUGCCCGCCUCGCAUCCCCGAGGCAGCUGCCACCCCCUGCUGUUCCUCCUCCGGUGUCCCUUCGUUGUUCUUCAACACAGAAACCUCACACCUCUCAUCCAUGAAGACAGACUGUGUGAUACAGAGAUGAACUAAGGGAAGGAGAGGAGCAAGUUGGAAGACCUCUGUACCGACCUUUACCUGCUCCCACACUGAGCCACUACGGAAGGAAAACAAGUACCACUUUACUGGGAAAUAGUGAUGAGCACUGUGUUUUAAAUAGCGUAUUGAUUUAACAGACGUAGAGAAUGUAUUGUCACCACUCUAACAAAUGGCUCACAGAGAAACCGGAGUGAUCCGUGGCUUUCGGGAUUGAAGAAAACAACAGAACUGCUUCGAUGACACGGAAACCAGCCACUGCAUACGCUCGCACCUGGCCUCUGGUAGACACGCACGUAUGCACACAAAGAUGUGCUAUUCACACUGUUCCAGGUCAACCUGAUGCUACCAAACUGCCGCGUUCAAGCCGAUGGUUAACUCUGGCCUGAUUAGUGGGCAACAUGGUGAAUCACAACCAAAACAAGACCCGAUGACAGCGAUGGAACCUUCCAUAAACAUAAAGAAACAAAGGAUCAAGUGCAUGAAGAGUGACAGAUUGCAGGUCUGCUACAGUUUGAUACUGGAAUGAUCUUCUGCAUGUUUGUAUGUUGGGGUCUACUAGGGCUGCUGUGAAAAAGACCAGUUUGUAUGCUUUUAUUUUUUAUUGUUAACACAUGUACAAGUCAGUGAGGGCAAGAGAUUCUUUUUUAAAAACAAAAUGAAAAAAACACGCUUUUAUUCUGAAGCUUUUGCUGUGGAUGAAGUCGCUGGGACAAACACUGGAAGACACAACGUUAAUGACUUUGGUCUCAAGAGACGGAGAAGAUAACACGGAGAUGUUGCCAACACGGGGCCGCUUCCCAGCUCACCUUAAUCGCCAAUAACGCAGCGACUGCUUGAAAACCACUGUUUUUUUAAACCACCUUAAGGCUGUGAUUUUAGAUGUCGAUGCACUUUGUCUGUCAGCGAGAGUUACACAUCUGCUUUCUUUGUUGAAAGGGGACAUCUGUGAUGGUUAAAGUUGGAAAGUUUCAGCCAUAGAAAAAAGAAUUGAACUGCAUUCAAAAUAUGUGAAAUGUUUAAUUUCCUUGGCUUUAAAGAUGAAAAGACAGGAUAUUCUUCAGCUAACAGGAAUGAAGUUCAAGUCCACAUGCUCCUCAGUAAUUGAAACAAUCCUGUAGGCCGGAGAUGAAGAGGGGGGGUAAGCCCAUGUGUCACUAAGUGGCUUUUUUAUUUUUAUUUUUAUCCUGUGAGUUAAUUUAGCAGUUGCUGUGCAGUUUCAGCAAACCGGUAUGAACCAUUUAUCUUUAAAGUGGGAUCAACCUCUUUGUCCUUGCCUCCAUUUAGGCAAAUAUUCAGUUUGUUCAAUGGGAAUUACUAAGCAUGAACAAUCUGACAUUAAAACAUUGAUCGCAAAACUUUAAUUUGCAAGUUGUGCAUCCACAAAGGCCCAGAACUGUGUUAAUGAAUUCCCACAAAUAGGACAAAGCCGAAGGUUCAUCCGAGGGAGGAUAAAGAUUCAAAAGCUGUAGAGGCACCGAACAUCCAUUCAUUUCUUUCUUCUGUUUGUCAAUACCAGUGACGUUUGUUUCUGCAUUGAGUGAAAACAUUAACCAAAUGACACUUUUAUUGUGUGUGAAACUUGGCAUGCAAGCAGGUCGACACGAUGGGUCACUUUUAUGUUUGUUGUUGUUUCUUGCUGUUGAAUGUUAAAAAGGGUACACCGUUUAUUCCCUUUAGUUUGUACUCCGCUUGGAAUAGCAAUGGCUUAGUCUUGAUCUUCAUGUUAAAUUAUCUCAUGCUGAUGUCACUUCUGCUGCACUAGCUCGGUGCACGUCGGGCCGGGGCGGAGAAAUUUAAGAAAACAUCUCGUUCAGAUUUGCUGUGAAGCAAACUUGAUUCCAUCCGCCAUAUUCCUUCAUGUUUAUGCCCGGCUUUCUGAGCAAGUUUUUAACAUUCAGUAUUUCUCCAUUUGAAAGCGCCACAUUAGCCAGACGUUAUGGGGAUUAAUAGAAGUGAAUUGACCGUGACUCUCGACAGUCCACUGUGAAGGCAGCAGAGAAAGCCGGGAGCAGCUGUUACGUGAAGGGAGUUUAACUUGAGGUGUUUUUAUAAGCUUGUCAUGAAGGAUUUUCCCCUGGUUUCCUUCUCUGUGAACAGACCUGAUGCAACUGGAUUUUGUGUAAAUUAAAAUAAAAUCUUUUAAGUUUGAGUUUUUCCACAGAACCAAA